AUUGCGUGACGCGUGCCCCGCUGGCGAGUGCCGCGGCCACGGCGCCGCUGCUGCUGUGUACGUCACCGUCGGCCGCCGGCACGCCGCGGCUACACAUGCGGCUGGCGGCGGACGCGGCGCCGCACACAGAGCUCACGCUGUGGUUCGACGAAGGCGUGUUGGCGCUACUGGAUAUGCCGUUCCUCACGCCGCGCAACAUCACCGGUAAAGGUAACUACGUGUGCCACGAGUGCGGAGCGGAGUUUGAGCAUCCCAACCCGCUGAAAGUGCAUCUGUUCCUGAAAUGUCAGCCCCUAGAGCAGAAGCUGUUCUGGCGCAAGUGUGUGGCGAGGCUGAGGGCUGCAGGAAGCGCGGCUGGCGAGGCGUCUCCCGUGACUUCACCGGCGCAGCUGGAGGCCCUGGCGGCGGCUUGGGGACGCUCGCACGCCGGCCACGUGUGUCUGUACUGCGGCAAGCUGUACUCGCGAAAGUACGGUCUCAAGAUCCACAUCCGCACGCACACGGGCUACAAGCCGCUGCGCUGCCGCCACUGCCUGCGGGCAUUCGGCGACCCCAGCAACCUCAACAAGCACGUGCGCCUGCACGCGGCCACGACCGCGCCCAGACGCAGCUGACACUUGACUGACGAGUAAUAUU